CAUCUCCAUCUCCACGCAGAGGCGCCUCCCGCUCCUUGGCCUGGCCCCCCCUUCCCCGCUUCACCCGGCGCUUCCUCGGGCAGCCUGCCUGCGAUGAGGAGCGGGCCAGGAGAGUCCGGCCCAGAGGCGGGAAGGCGCGGGCGAGUCUGCCUGGAGACGGAUGACGCGGAGAGACGAGGCCCAUUCCCAUUGGCCGAUUCCUGGAGUGACCGUUAACGGCAGAAGGGCGGAGCGGGGGGCGGGGGCGUUCCUGCCCGGAGACCGAUGACGCCGCUCUGAGAGGAAGGCGGAUUCUCAUUGGGCGUUGAGAGGAAAGGAAAGAAGGGGCGUGUCUGUCCGCCUGCCUCUCCGCUUCUCUCGGGCCCCGCCCCUCUGUGGGAAUCUUGCCCGCGGCCGCCAUGUUUCUUGAGGGCGGAAGUGCAGCGAGAGGCGGGAAGACUCCGGGUGGGCGGGGCCGGGCGGCGCUCUUUCCUGUCAGCGCCUUCGAGGGAAGGAACGAAGGAAGGAAGGAAAGAAGGAAAGAGGAGGAGGAGGCCUUUCGGAGAGAGAGAGAGAGAGAGAGAGAGGAGGAGUAUUGAUUCCCCGCCCUUCUCGCCCCGAAGGGGACUCAGAGCGGCUUACAGAACACGCAUACGGCAAACAUUCAGUGCCUGAUUCUACAAUUAACAAGGACAGACAACGCAGACACAGGUAACCUCUAAACGAACCUUAUGAAGAAAACAUUGCCCUUUGUCUUACGUCUGAAAUGAAAGUACGCAGGAUUAACAAGAAGAAGAAAUGAAUUGGAGAAAUUAUAUUUCAAGCUACAUACCUUUAAAUGUAAGGAAAGGGAGGAUUGUGCUGUAAAAAGAGGGGUUGGUAAAGAGAAAAUAAGGCUACAGCAAUACAGAGACUGGGAAGAGGAAAUGUCCUAUUCAGGAGUCCAUAUCUGUGAACUUCAGGCAUAAUAUUAGAAUAAUAAAUGUUAAAAAAUGGAAAAUUCAUUGUCAAAAUCACACACAGGGGAGAAGCGACAUAAUUGUAAGGACUGUGGGAAAUGUUUCAUUGAGAGAAGUUCUCUUGCUAAACAUCAACGAACUCACACAGGAGAGAAGCCAUAUAAAUGUGUGGAAUGUGGAAAGAGCUUCAGUCAGAGUGGAAAUCUACACACCCAUCAGAGGACCCACACAAGGGAGAAGCCACAUACAUGCAUGGAAUGUGGAAAGAGCCUCAGUAAGAGUGGAAAUCUACGCACCCAUCAAAGGACUCACACAGGGGAGAAGCCACAUACAUGCAUGGAAUGUGGAAAGAGCUUCAGUCAGAGUGGAGAUCUACGCACCCAUCAAAGGACUCACACAGGGGAGAAGCCACAUACAUGCAUGGAAUGUGGAAAGAGCUUCAGUAAGAGUGGACAUCUGCGUAUCCAUCAAAGGACUCACACAGGGGAGAAGCCACAUACAUGCAUGGAAUGUGGAAAGAGGUUCAAUCGGAGUGGAGAUCUACGCACCCAUCAAAGGACUCACACAGGGGAGAAGCCACAUACAUGCAUGGAAUGUGGAAAGAGAUUCAAUGAGAGUGGACAUCUGCGUAUCCAUCAAAGGACUCACACAGGGGAGAAGCCUCAUACAUGCAUGGAAUGUGGAAAGAGCUUCAGUCAGAGUGGAGAUCUACGCACCCAUCAAAGGACUCACACAGGGGAGAAGCCACAUACAUGCAUGGAAUGUGGAAAGAGCUUCAGUAAGAGUGGACAUCUGCGUAUCCAUCAAAGGACUCACACAGGGGAGAAGCCACAUACAUGCAUGGAAUGUGGAAAGAGCUUCAGUCAGCGUGGACAUCUGCGUAUCCAUCAAAGGAUGCACACAGGAGAGAAGCCACAUACAUGCAUGGAAUGUGGAAAGAGCUUCAGUCAGAGUGGAAGUCUACGCACCCAUCAAAGGAUUCACACAGGGGAGAAGCCACAUACAUGCAUGGAAUGUGGAAAGAGAUUCAGUAAGAGUGGACAUCUGCGUAUCCAUCAAAGGAUGCACACAGGAGAGAAGCCACAUACAUGCAUGGAAUGUGGAAAGAGCUUCAGUCGGAGUGACAUUCUACGUUCCCAUCAAAGGACUCACACAGGAGAGAAGCCACAUACAUGCAUGGAAUGUGGAAAGAGCUUCAGUCAGAGUGGAAAUCUACGCACCCAUCAAUGGAUUCACACAGGGGAGAAGCCACAUACAUGCAUGGAAUGUGGAAAGAGCUUCAGUAAGAGUGGACAUCUGCGUAUCCAUCAAAGGACUCACACAGGAGAGAAGCCACAUACAUGCAUGGAAUGUGGAAAGAGAUUCAGUGAGAGUGGACAUCUGCGUAUCCAUCAAAGGACUCACACAGGAGAGAAGCCACAUACAUGCAUGGAAUGUGGAAAGAGCUUCAGUCAGAGUGGACAUCUGUGUAUCCAUCAAAGGAUCCACACAGGGGAGAAACCACAUAAAUGCAUGGAAUGUGGAAAGAGCUUCAGUCGGAGUGGAGAUCUACGCACCCAUCAAAGGACUCACACAGGGGAGAAGCCACAUACAUGCAUGGAAUGUGGAAAGAGCUUCAGUAAGAGUGGACAUCUGCGUAUCCAUCAAAGGACUCACACGGGAGAAGCCACAUACAUGCAUGAAAUGUGGAAAGAGCUUCAGUCAGAGUGGAAAUCUACGCACCCAUCAAAGGAUGCACACAGGGGAGAAGCCACAUACAUGCAUGGAAUGUGGAAAGGGCUUCAGUGAGAGUGGAAGUCUACGCACCCAUCAAAGGACUCACACAGGGGAGAAGCCACAUAUAUGCAUGGAAUGUGGAAAGAGCUUCAGUGAGAGUGGACAUCUGCGUAUCCAUCAAAGGACUCACACAGGGGAGAAGCCACAUAAAUGCAUGGAAUGUGGAAAGAACUUCAGUAACAGUUCGAAUCUUCGUACCCAUCAAAAGAUUCACACAGGAGAGAAGCCACAUAAAUAGGACAAGUGCAAAGAAGCCAGAAUGUUUGUCCAAAGAACUUCUAAGGACUAUGACUUAAAAGAGACAUGAACAGGAAGUGGAAGGGGAAGAAAUCACAAAAUCAUAUAACCAUAGAGUUGGAAGAGACCUCAUGGGUCAUCUAGUCCAACCCCCUGCCAAGAAGCAGGAAAUGCCAUUCAAAGCACCCCGGACAGAUGGCCAUCCAGCCUCUGCUUAAAAGCCUCCAAAGAAGGUUCCACAGCUGAACUGCUCUCACAGUCAGGAAGUUCUUCCUUAUGUUCAGGUGGAAUCCCCUUUCCUGUAUUUUGAAGCCAUUAUUCUGCAUCCUAGUUUGCAGAGCAGCAGACAACAAGCUUGCUCCCUCCUCCUUAUGGGAUUUUGGCCUGCAUAAAUAGGGGCAGAGUGUCUAGAUCCAGGGAAGUCCUGCUCCCCCUCUAUUCUGCCUUGGUCAGACCACUUUACCUGGAACCACACUGUGUCUAAUUCUGGGCACUGCAAUUGAAAGGAGAUGUUGAAAAGCUGGAAGGUGUCCAGAGGAGGGCGACUAAAAUGAUCAAGGGUCUGGAGAACAAGCCCCAUGGGGAGCGGCUUAAAGACCUGGGCAUGUUUAGCCUGCAGAAGAGAAGGCUGAGAGGAGACAUGAUAGCCAUGUACAAAUAUGUGAGGGGAAGUCAUAGGGAGGAGGGAGCAAGCUUGUUUUCUGCUGCCCUGGAGACUAG